AGGGACUCACCACCCGAGGACGUACGGCCCGGCCUUUAGGAUCCUCAGAACCCCCGACCUUCCCAGUGUGAGGUAGAGACCCAAGAUGUCCAGGCCGGGGAAGGGACUAAAAAGAGACUGUGGCCCGAGUGUGUGACCCCUGCCUCUUGCCGGGAGCUGUCUGCAGACUCACUGCAGAAUGCAGGCCCUGGGGAAGCUCAGGGGGCCUGGGCCCUGCUUCCUGGGACAGACCUUUCACCCCCACAUAACUAGGCAUGUGGGCUUAGUAAACUGCUUAGACCCAGGACUUGUGCCUGGGAAGAACUGAAGGGGCAUCUGUUCCCUCUGAGUUGGGGACAGGGCCACACUUAGGCCUGGUAGCUCCAGAGGCUUGCCAGUGCAUAGGGGGCUGUUCUUGUACCCACUUCUUGACUCCCAGACUGUACCUGGUUUUCGUGUCUGCUACUACUCAAAAAGAGUUGGUUUGGGGGCUUGAGAAUCUGCAGAUAGGAUACAUCCUGAAACCUCUGCCACACCCAGAUCUAGGUGGUGGCCACAGAGGGCCAGAGGCAAGCAGAGGGAGCAAUGGUUGUUCCUGACGGUGGCUGAGCCCCCAGCCCCUGGAAUAUGCAGCCCGGAGGAGCCCCAGGCAAGGACGCGGUGGCGGAGUGGGGCGGGAGGCAUGGUCUCCACCUACCGGGUGGCCGUGCUGGGGGCUCGAGGUGUGGGCAAGAGUGCCAUCGUGCGCCAAUUCUUAUACAACGAGUUCAGCGAGGUCUGUGUGCCCACCACCACCCGCCGCCUCUACCUGCCUGCUGUGGUCAUGAAUGGCCAUGUGCACGACCUGCAGAUCCUGGACUUCCCACCCAUCAGCGCCUUCCCUGUCAACACACUGCAGGAGUGGGCAGAUGCCUGCUGCAGGGGACUCCGAAGCGUCCACGCCUACAUCCUGGUCUAUGACAUCUGCUGCUUUGACAGCUUUGAGUACGUCAAGACUAUCCGUCAGCAGAUCCUGGAGACGAGGGUGAUCGGCACCUCGGAGACGCCCAUCAUCAUCGUGGGCAACAAGCGCGACCUGCAACGCGGACGCGUGAUUCCACGCUGGAACGUGUCGCACUUGGUGCGCAAGACCUGGAAGUGCGGCUACGUGGAGUGCUCGGCCAAGUACAACUGGCACAUCCUGCUGCUCUUCAGCGAGCUGCUCAAGAGUGUGGGCUGCGCCCGCUGCAAACACGUGCACGCUGCCCUGCGCUUCCAGGGAGCGCUGCGCCGCAACCGCUGCGCCAUCAUGUGACGCCGCGUGCGCCCUGCAGCAGCACUGUCCCAGCGAAAGGCAGGGCAGGGCGGGGCCAGCCUCCCGCGGGACACCAGGGCCAGAGCAGGAAACCCCCGGAGGAGAACUCUGGGCUCCGGGCCUGAAGCACCCCUACAGCCACACACCUCCCCCACGAGAAUCAGAGGGUGAGAGGGAGUCUCCCCGCCACUCCCCAGUCCUCCCCUCCCACCUGGGUCUCCCUGGGUCAGUCACCUUCAGUGCUGUAGUGUAGUGCCCGGCCCCAGGAGGGGCCACAACCUGUGGGCCAAGGGGUGAGCUUGUGAAAUGGAGGGUGGGGUGAGGAGGUGCUGUCUUGGCCAGGCCCCUGCCCAUCUUCUCCACAGUGUAUCUGUCUUUACCCCAUGUCCCUCUUUCCAAUGUCUGUCCUCUCAGGUGUCUGCCAGUCCUCAUUUGUCCUGUCUACCUUCCGGUGUUUCUCCCUGCUCCCCAGCUCCGCUCACAGGGCUCUCAUUUUGUCCGUCCCCUUGUCGCGGAUCCUGGCAGCUUUUUGAUGCCAGGCCUUCUCCCCGGCAGCGCCACCGGCAAAGGGCAGAGAGAUGCAAGUGUCCCAAGGACCGAAGCCAAGGGGUCCGAGGGCUGAGGUCCGACAGCCGUCAGGGAGAGAAGGCUGAGCUCUCCCUCAUCCAGGGAGACCUCCCUGCCCAGCAGCCCCCAGAGACGCAACCACCUACCUUCCAGCCUUAACUCAAUGGUCCCUGCCGGGUGCCCCUCACCCCUGACCCCAAAGCCAGAUUGCCCCCGGGGCUAAAAUUCUUUUUGUUUUGUUUGACGGUGUGGAGAGGAAACCUCUCAAAGGAUCAUUUUCUCUCCUUGAUGCUAGGUCCCACUUCUCUGUUAUCUCCUGCACUAGGGUGGGCUGCUACUACGUUGGGGGAUGUGGAGUUUGUGGGGGACUGAUGGUGGUGGGGAAGAUGGUGCCCGGGAGGGGGUCACGUUAUGCUAGUGAUGAUUCUGUGUCCCUGUCCCCACCUCAGUUGAACUGCCUAAGAUUCUGCCUCCAUCAGGUCUCAGGUUGUUUUGAUCAGUCUCUGUAGGGGCAGAGCCAGGAAAAGAAUAAGAAUGAGGGAGUUGUGCCUGGGAAAGACAGGUGUGCAUCCCCACUCAUAGGUGGAGGCCUUCAGGAUCUGACUGACCCCUUAUCCCAACACUAGGUUGACCCUAUGCCCUAACUCACCCACCCCAUUUUCCCCGGCUGCCUGGCCGGGUUUCUACCUCUCGUCACCGGAGCUGAUCACUGUCAGUUUUGUACCGAUUUAGAAAUAAUAAUAAUGGAGAUUCCAGGAAUGGCCUGAGGGAUUGCUCGGGGACUUGGAGGGAGGGAGGAAGAAGUGGUUCCAUGUCCCCUGCCCCGGCCAAAGAAAGUUCCUGAGGCUGAACCCUCAGCCUCAGCCCUGGUCCAGUUGGGAGCAUAAGGACCCUUUGUCAAGAGGGGUACAUAGGACGCCUGUACACAGGGGUACAUAGCCUUUGCCAAGGCUGCAGUGCACAGACCAGGAAAUCAGGUACCCAGAGAGGUGAUGGGGAGGAAUCUGGGGCAGGGGUGGGAUGGGGAAUUUAUGGUGUUCCCGUGUGGGAGGGAAUCUAUGAUUCUCUCUAUUGCUUCCCUACUGAAUCUCACUCCCUCUACCCAGCAGGGGGCACUGCAGUACAACAGCAGCCCUCACUUUGGACAGCCCAGCAUUCUGGGUUCUAGUCCUUGCUGUCCUGCACAAUUUUGGGCUAGCGAUUUGCCCUCUCUGAGCCUCCCUCUGAAACAGAGGCGGUGGCUCCCCUCCCCCACACUUCAGAGUGGCUGGGAGGGUAAGGAGGAGGGGUGCCCACUUUCCUCUCCUGCAGCCCCACCACUGGCUCCUCGGGGUGUGGGGUAAAGAUGGCAGCCUCCCAUGUGCCCGAUCACCCCCUUACUCUGGGGCACUCCAGGAGAGGGUGGAGGAUCCAGACCUCUGGCUUGCCUCCACUGGGGAGUCAUUGGAAUGUAGCCCCCUCACCCUUUCCUCUUCACCCCAGGUCUUGGAUUUCAGGUCCCUCCACCCCCCAUUCUGAGUCUCCGUCCUUCCCCUCCCCAACCAGGGUUUCCCAUGCAGGGUCUGGAAGUGUGUGUGACACCCACUGAGCUGUUAUUGGAAGUCAGAUUAAAAAUCAGGGAGUGUUUUCCCUCGUUUCUCUA